AUGACGGGAAUAAAGGAGAACAAAUCUGAUCAACAUGAAAAGCAAUACUGUACUGGCAGCAUGACUGUAUACUUGGCCCACAACAUCAUUGAGGUGGGUGGUAUCUCUCGAUCCAACCAGGUGUUUAGAGUAAGUUAAACAGAGGCACCCUUCGUGAUUCAUAUGCCCACUGACGGCCUCCACGGAUUUGCCCUUGUUGUUAACAUUAAUGCUGUGACCUGCCCUGGAGGCACCCAGCCCAUCACUGACACUGACACCUCCCUGAUUGUUGGCUCUAGCAGUGGCAUUAACAACAUAAAUACCUGGGUUGGAGCCUCAAUCAACCAGUACAGACAUGUGAGUCUUGGUUCUUCUCACAUCCAGAACAUGCCUGAUGUAACCUUUUCUCUGAAUAAAGAUGGAGUCAUUGUGUCAGCAUCUGCCUAUGCCUGUCCGGUCCGUUAA